AUGACAAGGGUCAACGGCUUUAAACUGAAGGAGGGGCCGGAUAUGUUCUGCGACUUCAACGGCAAGAAGUACAGCCCGGGUGAGAGCUGGCAUCCCUACCUGGAGCCGCAGGGGCUGAUGUACUGCAUCCGCUGCAGCUGCUCCGAGAACGCCAACAUCAGGUGCUACCGGAUCCAGUGCCCGGCUCUGCAGUGCGCCAGCCCCGUCACCGACCCCCAGCAGUGCUGCCCGCGGUGUCUCGAGCCACAUUCCCCUUCUGGCCUCCGGGCACCCGUCAAGUCCUGCCAGUACAACGGGACGACGUACCAGCAAGGCGAGAUGUUCACCACCAGCGAGCUCUUUCCCAGCCGCCAGCCCAACCAGUGUGUGCAGUGCAGCUGCUCCGAAGGCCAGAUUUACUGCGGCUUGGUGACCUGCCCGGAGCUGUUGUGCUCCUCUCCCCUAACCGUGCAUUCCUGCUUUCAGGUCUGCAAAGAUGGCUCAUAUGAGAAGUCCACGGAAGAGGAACCCCUGCAGUUAAACAGAGGUGUUAGGCACUCGCAAGACCAGUGCUUGGGGGAAGCGAUGGGCAGGAAGCCACUCGGAGCCACCGAGUCCACUGUUCUCAGUUCUUCCCUGGAGUUCAUUCCCAGGAGCUUCAAACCCAAGGGAGGAGGUGGCACCACCGUGAAGAUCGUCUUGAAAGAGAAGCACAAGAAAGCUUGUGUUUACAACGGGAAGACCUACUCCCACGGGGAAGUGUGGCACCCCGUCUUCCGGCUCUACGGCCUGCUGCCCUGCAUCCUCUGCACUUGCAAGGACGGUGUCCAGGACUGCCAGAAGAUCACGUGCCCCAAGGAGUAUCCGUGUGACUACCCAGAGAAAGUAGAUGGGAAAUGCUGUAAAAUAUGUCCAGAAACCAGAGUCAAACCCACCGACGAAAUAGUCACCACCCGGUGUGGCAAGAACCCCAACCGUGUCCUGGUGUACAUGUUUGUGCCGCCGAGCUCAGAGACCUCCAAGGAGAUCCUCAGGACAAUCGCAAUCGAGAAGGAGCCCACGGAAGAGGUGGAAAUCUACAACUGGAAGCUGAUUAAAGGGAUAUUUCACCUGAUACAGACCAAGAAGAUCAGCAAACAGGAAUUCAAACAAGAAGCGCAGAACUUCAGGCUGAUCACCAGGACAAACGAAGGUCACUGGAACAUCUUCCGAGCCCAGACGUCAGAGCUGAGGAUGACAGAGAGCCCAGAGAAAGAAACAAAGAACUUGUAAAGAAAAAAACUUUAACCUAGCUAUUGAUUUAUCUACACACACCCACACACACAUACACACCCACACAUAUAUAAGAAAAAAAAAAAAGUUGCAUUAUUAAAUAGACUGGCACAGCAAUAAAGGAUACACUAGUGUAAAUUACAGAAAUUCCAGCAAAAGAACCAAAUUGAACCGCAUGGAAGCCACAGCCGUGGAGGUGCCUUGCUCCAGCGGGUGAGCACAAGAGGCCGGCCGUCAUCUCCUGCUACCGAAGAUGUUGGGUGUGCAGAGGGAGGAAGGAGAGAUGGUGGAGAUGUGAGAACCGGUGCGAUGUGAAGAGGUGGGAUACGUCCCUGGCACCCCGGCAUUUCUGAAGAGCAUCAGGAGCUAGCAGUAAAGCAGGACCAGACCGUGCUUUUUACCAUCGCCGGCAUAAAGAUGACCUGCAAGGAGAGAAAAAAUCAUCCUUAUUUACUUUCGUGGAGCCCCUGUGAUCUGUAAAGGGUUUCUUUGGCUGAAUACCCUCCAGAGGGUAUUUCUUGAAAAAUCUUGUGUCUUUUCUCCUCUGUUUCAGCUGGGAGGA